CGGCUACUGCGUCUCGACGCAGAAUUUUACGGUUUUAUGAGCGGAUAAGUCCGCCGCCGCUCUGUAGCUGUCGCGCGGCCGCGUUUUUUGCGGCGUACGGUAUUUCCUUCGUACGCCGUUACCCAGUCGGAUGUAGGAAAAGUACAAUGUUGACCGUAUUUUUAGUGUUACUGUGUUCUCCAUUCAUCGUCGAUGCGGUCAGCAGAGACAAUUUCAAAAGAUGCGACCAGAGCAGUUUCUGCCGACGGAGCAGGAAAGUGGAGCCUGGAAAGACACCAUAUCAGAUCUUACCAGACACGUUUGUACCAAAUGAAUCAGUGGCUACUGUAGACUUGUUUAAUAAGGAUACAGGCGUUACUUACGUGCUGCAACUUACUUUGUUGAAAGAGAGCACGUUUAGACUGCACAUCAACGAAAAGACUCCGUUGCAUCCUAGAUAUGAGACUGAAUAUGCACUCCACGAUCAACCACAGACAGACAAGUUUGAUACUGUGGAAAAAACCGCUGAGAGUAUUACUCUGGUGAAGGGUCAGAACAAAGUUGUUUUAUAUGUUAAUCCGUUUAAAGUAGAUCUGUACUCUCAAGGUGUUUUGACAAUAUCAGCAAAUGCUCGUGGCCUUAUGAGAUUUGAACAUCUGCGUACUAAACCAGAAAGACCAGAACAAGAGGAGAAUGCUGAAGGAGCUGAGGCAGCACCACCACCUCCACCACCAGCGGAUAUAAAUAAUAGCACGUAUCCUGGCGACGGUGCGGAUAGUGAUCCUGGCGCUUGGGAAGAGAAUUUUAAGGAACAUCAUGAUUCGAAACCGUUCGGCCCCGAGGCUGUCGGCAUGGACUUCAGCUUUCCUGGAUCAGAUCAUGCUUACGGUGUGCCAGAGCAUGCAGAUUCCCUAGCAUUGAAGUCAACUAAAUCUACCGAUCCGUACAGGCUAUAUAAUCUAGAUGUCUUCGAAUACGAAACAAACGAACGUAUGGCUUUAUACGGUGCCAUCCCAGUUCUCUACGCGCACGGAAGGGAGAGAACGUCUGGAGUUUUCUGGCACAAUACGGCGGAAACGUGGAUCGAUAUUUUGUCGAGCGCGGACAAUAAUAUCGUGGAGAGUAUCGUCAAUUUGGUGUCUGGGUCUCCCAAGAAAUCUCAAGUGGACGCCCACUUCAUGUCGGAGUCCGGGGUGAUCGAUGUGUUCUUUAUGUUGGGCCCAAAACCGCUCGACGUUUUUAAACAGUACACAGUUUUAACCGGAACAGCUCCUCUGCCGCAGAUGUUCGCCCUCGGAUAUCAUCAGAGCCGUUGGAAUUAUAACGAUCAGGACGACGUUGCGACGAUCGCAGAGACUUUCGACAUGCACGACCUGCCGCUGGAAGUUAUGUGGCUGGACAUCGAGUAUGCCGACAGCAAGAAAUAUUUCACGUGGGAUGCGCGCAAGUUCCCGAACCCUCUCGAGAUGGUGCACAAUCUUACCGCGAAAGGCAGGAAACUGGUCGUGAUCAUCGAUCCUCACAUUAAGCGCGACAACAAUUAUUUCUUGCAUAACGAUGCCACCAGUCACGGCUAUUACAUCAAAAACAGGGAAGGAAAGGAUUACGAGGGUUGGUGUUGGCCGGGAGCUUCGUCGUACCUGGACUUCUUCGAUCCGAAAGUCUUCGAAUACUACGUCGGCUUGUACAGCUUGGACAAAUUUCACGGUACCACCAAUGACGUUUACAUCUGGAACGACAUGAACGAACCGAGCGUGUUUAAUGGGCCUGAAAUAACGGCGCCGAAAGACCUGCUCCAUUACGAGGGUUGGGAGCACAGAGACGUCCACAAUAUCAACGGACACAUGUACAUCCGUGCGACGUACGAGGCUCUGUUCCGCCGAUCGGGCGGUUCCUUGCGGCCGUUCGUUCUAACGAGGUCCUUCUUCGCUGGAUCGCAACGCUUCGCAGCGAUGUGGACCGGCGAUAACAUGGCCGAUUGGAAUCACCUGCGCGUAAGUUAUCCCAUGUGCCUCUCGAUGGCGAUAUCCGGAUUUUCGUUCUGCGGCGCCGACGUCGGCGGUUUCUUCAAGAACCCGGACUCGGAGCUGUUCAUUAGGUGGUACCAAGCAGCCGUGUGGCUGCCGUUCUUCCGUCAGCAUUCCCACAUCGAGACAAAGAGACGCGAGCCAUGGACGUUCAACGAGGAAACCACUCAGAUAGUUCGCGAGGCGCUCAGACUGCGUUAUUCCUAUCUGCCGUUGUGGUACACGCUCUUCAGAGAGCACGAGGUGAACGGUUCACCCGUCAUACGUCCGCUGUGGACGGAGUAUCCAUCCGAAUUGGAAACGUUCACCAUCGACGAUCACUUGCUGCUCGGCGACUCCAUACUCACGCGACCGGUGUUCCAGUCCGGUGCCACGGAGGUGGUUGUUUACUUCCCAGGGGAGGGCAAAGUGACUUGGUACGAUAUCGACACGAUGCGACCUUACCAGAAAGCGGGAUACGUUAACAUACCAGUGACCCUACACAAAGCCCCCGUAUUCCAAAGAAGCGGCUCUAUCGUUCCGCGAAAGAUGAGGAUACGACGCAGCACGGUCGCUAUGAAGAACGAUCCGUACACACUGGUGGUGAUGGCCGAUAAUAAUGGCAAGGCAAGCGGCAAUCUGUACAUUGACGAUGAAGCCAGCUUCGAAUAUCGUCAUGGGAAAUAUUUGUAUCUCAAGUUGAAUUUCGACGGCAGUAAGAUCACCUCGAGCCUAAUAGAUAAACUGGCUUCGUACGAGACGCAGAGCUGGUUGGAGAGAAUAGAUAUAGCCAAUCCACCGCAGGGAGUUAAAUCCGCUCAACUGGAAUCGAAUAGUAUGGGGAAAGUAGCUUUGGAAACUACGUAUAAUCCACACAACAACGUAUUGACGAUACGUAAACCGGCUGUAAAUAUGGGAGAAGAGUGGUCUAUCGAAUUAUUACGUUAGAUUUAUGAUUUUACUCAUGAUCGACUCUGUAAUCCACAUUGUAAUGCCAAUUUUCUAUUCUACUGUACAUGUCUCAGCUAUCUGUGAUCUGGAUGAUUACGUUCUCUAGAACAAAUAAGACUACAACUUAGUUACUACGGGAGUAAAUCGUGAGAGAGAUUGUUAAUAAGCUUGGUUUGGUAAAUUUGAUAUUUGUUUGCAGCAGGUGUGCAAUUAAACAACACUGGAUAGUGUUUAAUGUGUAAUAAACGCAAUCCUCUGUUUAACUUACUUUAUUUUGUAAGAUUUAAUAAAAUAUUCUAAAAAUUGGGAAUA